CUGGCAGAUUAGGUUUUUCUCUUCUAAUCCUGCAGAUUACCACUGCACAAGCCUGCUGGCUGGGAGUGCUUCAUUGCGCUGCGCAGUUUCUUUACAUUGAUCAUUUUUUUGUUGCUGCCACAUCACUGGACUACGUAAACUAGGACGGACACAAGCGGGAGAGAGAGGAGGUCAAAGUGCAACAGAACUGCAGAAACUACGCAGUUGUAGGCCGGACAAAGCCUUUAAAAACAAAACAAAACUGUAGAUGAAGCCAGGAUUUAGGGAUGCACUUUGAGUUGGAUUUAAUGAAACACAACAUGUAUUUUUGCAAAUAUUACAUCAUGGAGAUAUUCUUUUUGUUUUGAGAACGUGUGAGUGGCAGAACAACAACAACAACAACAACAACUAAUAACUUGCACCUAAGUGGAAGAUUGGCUGAACAAGGAGGAUCCUCUCUUUUGCAGGCUAAUGCAAAUAGUGUCCAUAGCUCUCUGUAGUGAAAUGGAGACAGAGCCAUAUUGUGAAGAGCACAAAGACACCGCAGUGGAGCCUACAGAGCCUGGGGUAAGAGAGGCCAUUUCUGAGAUUGCUGACAGGGACAGUCACAACACCGAGCUGCCCUGUGAGUCUGCAGAGGAAGGCGAGGAACUGUGUGGGAAAGAUCAGCCUGAAACAGAGAGCUGUGCAGGAGAGAGUAAAAGCACUGAGGUAAAAAGCCAUUCUGAUCCUGAUCAAGAAAGUGGAGGCACAGAAUGCAAAGAACGGAGGAAACUGAAAAAAACAAACAGCUGGAAGAUGGUGCGAUUCCAAGACCCAUCGGAGGAGGAUGCUGUGUUGGAGAGGGACAGCUCAGCAGAGAGUCUCUUUCCAGAAUAUGCGAUGAAGGAGUGGACUUCAUCGACCUUUGAGGAACUGUUCAUGGCAGAAGAUUGGCAGGACAUCACAGAGGACCGGCUGUUGAGGAAGAAGGUGCUGGAGUCCAAGGCCCCAAACACCCUGCCCCCCACCUGGGGCCAAGAGGUUACUGUGAAGAUGCAGUGUGUCUUGGAGGACCGCACUGUGGUGGAGAAGGACUGCAAGCUUGUCUUUGUUAUCGGAGAGGGAGAUGUAAACCAGGCCCUGGAGGAGUGUGUGAUAUCCAUGGAGAAGGGUGAGAUCACGUUACUGCUGGCAGAUUCCCAGUAUGCUUAUGGACUUCUGGGAAGGGAGCCUGAUAUUCCAGCUUGGGCUCCUUUACUCUACCAGCUCCAGCUGCUGGACAUCAGAGAGAAACCAGACCCGUUAACUCUGCCUAUCGCAGACCGUAUCCGCAUUGGCAACCAGAAACGAGAGCGAGGGAACUUUCAUUUCCAGAGGGAGGAAUAUUGCCUGGCUGCCAGAGCCUAUUGUAUGGCUCUGGAUAUGCUAACCACACGCAGCAAAGAUGGUAGCGAUGGCGGUGUGAAGGCAGAGGAGGAGGAGGUGCAGGACUACCGGGUGAAGUGUUUGAACAACCUGGCUGCCGCUCAGCUCAAACUGGAGCAGUACGACGAGGCACUUCACACCAGCCGGGACGUUCUGACCCUCGAGCCAAAUAAUGUCAAGGCCCUUUUCAGGGCAGGAAAGCUCCUGUCAGACAAGGGUGAAUACAAAGAGGCGAUGGAGGUGCUAAAAAAGGCCUUGAAACUGGAGCCGGCCACCAAGGCAAUCCACGUCGAGUUAUCAAAACUCGUCAAAAGGCAAUCAGGAGGCAAUGACACCCAAGAAUGGAAAGCUAAACCAGCGGAGAUGCUUGGAGACAAUAUCGCACCUUUUCUGAUUCCUUCUAAGAAGAAACCAUCUGGAAUUUCCUGGAAGUUUUUACUUGGAGCUCUGGUUGUGGCCUUGGGCAGCUUAGUGACAUCAGUGAUUCUGACUGCAAGAAACUGAAAUCCUUUGCAGGAACCUCUCGUCCUUAUCACCAUCAUCAUCAUCAUCAUCAUCAUCAUCAUCAUCAUCAUGUGCAGAGUUUGAUUUUCAGUCUUUUUUAGUCAUUUGAAAAGAGUUUUCUACUAUGAAGACACAAGAAGGCAUGCAACGCAGCAGCACCAAAGCCUGAAGUUGUAUGAUGUGAGCCUCACAAGGUAGAAAAAUGUUUCAGUGAAAGGUAUAUGAUAGUACAGCAUCGAGUGAAUUCACAAUUCCAGCAGAUAUUUCUGCUGAUGCAUAAGAAAGAAUUUUCUUUCCAGUUACGUCUAUUUUAUUUGGAAAAAGGGAUUACAUUUCUGUUUGUCAUAAAAAAAAAAAAAAAUGUCCUGGAAAAUAUUCUGGUAUCACAGAUACAAAAAAAAAAAGUGGCAUGAAUUUU